GAGAGGGCGGUGCCUGAAGUCCAGCAGACAUGGCGGAGCUGGAAACAGCGGCGGAACAUGAGCGGAUACUGCGGGAGAUCGAGAGCACGGAGACGGCAUGUAUCGGCCCCACACUGCGGUCUGUAUACGAUGGAGAGGAGCACAGCCACUUUAUGGAGAAGCUGGAGGUGCGGAUCCGAAACCACGACCGCGAGAUUGAGAAGAUGUGCAAUUUCCACUACCAGGGGUUUGUAGACUCCAUCACCGAGCUGCUGAAAGUGCGGGGGGAGGCCGAGAAACUGAAGAACCAGGUGAUGGACACCAAUAGGAGGCUGCAAGUGGACGGAGCAGAGUUGUUGUCCACCAUGAGGGAUCUGCAGCAGUGCCGCAUCCAGCAGAGGAACAUCACUGCCACCGUGGAGAAGCUCAGUCUGUGCCUGCCCGUGCUGGAGAUGUACAGUAAAUUACAGGAGCAAAUGAAAGCUAAAAGACAUUACCCUGCACUGAAGACCCUGGAGCAGAUGGAGCACACUUACCUGCCCCAGGUCAGUCACUACCGCUUCUGUCAGUCCAUGGUGGACAACAUCCCCAAACUACGGGAGCAGAUCAAAGAUGUCUCCAUGUCAGAUCUGAAGGAUUUCCUCGAGAGCAUCCGCAAGCACUCUGAGAGGAUCGGGGAGUUCGCCAUGAAGCAGGCUCAGCAGCAGAGGAGCCUCGACAACAUAAUGACCUUUCAAACCAAGGGCGUCCUCGGAAAGAGAUAUAGGAAGGACCUAUGUCUGAAUCCAGAGAUGAAUGGCACAAGUCCCAUGUCUGAGAAGGAUUCUGGAAUCCUGGAUGUGGAGGAUGAAGAUGAGGAAGAAGAGGCACCGGGCACACAAGACUUGGUCGAUUUUUCUCCAGUGUACCGUUGUUUACACAUCUACACGGUGCUGGGUUCUCGGGAGGUCUUUGAGAACUACUACAGGAAGCAGAGGAGAAAGCAGGCUCGCCUAGUACUACAACCACCAUCUAACAUGCAUGAAACUCUGGACGGAUACAGGAAAUACUUCCACCAGAUUGUAGGGUUUUUUGUGGUUGAAGAUCACAUCCUGCACACAACGGGCGGCCUGGUGAAUCGCGCUUAUGUCGAUGAGUUAUGGGAUUUGGCAUUGUCAAAGACGAUGGCAGCUCUGCGGACGCGCUCGUCCUACUGCUCCGAUCCGAACCUAGUAUUGGAUCUCAAGAACCUCAUUUUGCAUUUUGCAGACACGUUACAGGGCUAUGGCUUCCCAGUGAACCAGCUCUUCGACAUGUUGCUGGAAGUCAGAGACCAGUACAGUGAGAUCUUACUGAAGAAGUGGGCCGGUGUCUUCAGAAGUAUCCUGGACGCAGAUAAUUACAGCCCCAUCCCAGUGAGCGAUGAGACUGCCUUCAAGAAGGUCAUCAGCCAGUUCCCCUUCCAAGACCCGGAGUUAGAGAAGCAACAGUUUCCCAAAAAGUUCCCCUUUUCGGAAUUUGUUCCUAAAAUCUACGGUCAGAUCAAGGAGUUCAUCUACGCCUGCCUGAAGUUCUCUGAAGACUUACAUCUAAGCUCUACAGAAGUGGAUGACAUGAUCAGGAAGUCCACCAACCUGCUGCUGACCCGCACCCUGAGCAACUGUCUGCAGACCAUCAUCAAGCGGAAAAAUGUGGGGCUGACGGAGCUUGUACAGAUCAUCAUCAACACCAGUCACCUGGAGGUCUCCUGCAAGUACCUGGAGGAAUUUAUCACCAACAUCACCAACGUUCUGCCCGACACCGUCCACACCACCAAGUUAUACGGCCUGACCACAUUCAAGGAUUCCAGACAGGCCGCAGAAGAGGAGAUCUACACCAAUCUGAACCAGAAGAUCGACCAGUUCCUGCAGCUGGCAGACUAUGACUGGAUGGCAGCAGAGUCUGGAGAGCAGGCCAGCGACUAUCUCGUGGAUCUGGUGGCUUUCUUGAAUAGCACAUUUGCAGUGUUCACCCAUCUUCCUGCUGCCGUUGACUCGCACUCCAUGAUGCCGGGUAAGGUUGCCCAGACGGCCUGCAUGUCUGCCUGCAAACACCUCUCCACCUCGCUGACGCAGCUGCUCCUGGAGGCGGAAGUCAAGCAGAUCACCAUGGGGGCCCUGCAGCAGUUCAAUCUGGAUGUGAAGGAGUGUGAAAGGUUUGCCAGAUCGGGACCGGUGCCUGGGUUCCAAGGGGACACACUGCAGUUGGCCUUCAUCGACUUAAGACAACUAUUGGAUCUGUUCAUUAAAUGGGACUGGUCAACGUACCUGGCGGACUAUGGGCAACCCAACUGUAAAUACCUGCGGGUCAACCCCACCACAGCGCUCACGUUACUGGAGAAGAUACACCGCGUAAUGAAAGAUCCCAGCAGGAAGAACAACGUCUUUGCUCAAUUCCGAAAGAAUGAAAGAGACAAGCAGAAGCUCAUAGAAACCGUGGCCAAGCAGCUUCGGGGCCUAAUCAUCAGCCACCAUUCAUGAAGCUGUGACACCGCGACGAACAUGGGAGCGUGCAACACCUUGUACACUGAACCAAACUGGAGCUCAGCGCUCCUGGCCUCACGUCUAGUAUACGGCUCCUCUGCUGCCCUCUCGUAAAUCGCAAUGCUGGGCCAAGAUUAAACAAGGGGAUCUAGAAUUUUAUAAUGCUUUUGGCAGGCGCUGGUGGCUGUUCUUUACUAUUGCACUGAUAUUCUAGGUUUGACAUGUACAGUGUUAGGAAAUGUCAAUUUUACAUGUUUUUAGUACACAUGACACUGAUACAGAACUUCUUAUAGAUAAAUGGAAUUGGGGAAUGUAACCGAUGCACUCUGACCUUUAGAUGACACACUAAUCCACGCUUAUAGACUAAGAAUUUUCAGGAGAAACAUGGCGAGAGGACUCAUUACUGGAAAUGCUGACCUAAUCCUACCACUAUGAGGGAAGAAUUAAUGCUACUCCCGGGUCUUCUCUUAUCUACUCUUUCUGUGUUCUACUAGUGACAGACCUGAUGUCUGGUGAAACCUUCCCUACUACAUGCUGUGUGUUAAUUCUAGUUCCGUUCUUGACUGAUUAGAAGAGAACAUCAGUGCAGUCCAUGAUUUUUUAUCUAUGACAUAGGAACCACAGUAUUCAACAUUUUUUCAAAUGUUCGUUGGGCAUCUCUCGGUCUGGAAAUCCUUAGGAAGCACAACUGUUUUCAUAAAUGCCAAUGAAAUCACUAAUGAUUCACUGAGACUUUGGAAAGGGAGGAGCCAUGAUAGAUUGUAGAAAGCUCUGGCCUUUACCCAAGGCGGUUUGGAGUGUUUUUAUGUUCAUUGUGCCUUUGCUUUCAGUAUAAAAAAAAAUAUAUCAAAGAGCCCAACCUGUUUUAUGUUAUGACAUGAUUUGGAAUAGUGGGAAACCUCUUCUGCCACAUUUGUAUCUUUGUUGGGGCAAUGCAGGCUAGAUGUCCCCAAACAUAAUGUAUGAUGGCAAAAAUUCUUUAUGGGGGACAUACUAGGAUCUUUGAUACCAACCUGGAUGCACCAUGACCAGCCAUUUCUCGUGUGGGCUACUGCAGACAAAUGAUUAUUGGGCGUUUCAGUUCUUCUACAGUUUGUGUCGAGUCUCUUCAUCUGUAAGAUGCUUUCUAAUAUUGUUUAGGGAUGAGAGGACCUGGUCAAGGCUUUUUGAAAAUAUCUUCCUACCCCCAAUUAGGAUACACUGGAAGAACAGAUUCAAGGAAUUUUUUUUUUUUUUUUUUUUUUUUUUUUUUUUUUUUAUGGAUUCAAGGGAAUAAUCUACAAGUUGGGCCACUUUGUAUUCUAUGGGAUCUUGAUAAUAUUUUCGUGCUCAGUUUCCUUCAUUUCUCCGGGGAUCAGUCUACAAUAAAAGGGUCCUUUCCCUUGUGUAAUGUCGCCAUCACUGGUCCUUUAUGGAGGCCUUCUACUCCCGCUAAUGUUAACUGGACUGGUCAUUGGAAUAUUAUCUUUUGUGGUCAGGUCACGAUCUGUAAGAACCUAGUGUGAUCUUCCUCAUUUCACCAAUUCUAUCCCUACAUCGAAGCCACAGAAUAAGCAUACGUUGGCACCAUCAUGAAAACUAUCUCUGUAUUAUGAAGCUUAGUGUUCGAUGUGUAGGUAGGAUGCACAAUGUGUCUUAAUAGUUAAUGGCGUAUUGUUUACGGAAUAUUUUUUUUCUUUACUCCAGACCAUAAAAUAUGAGGUGCCGUAACUGCAUCAGAUCCCUGAGACAAAAUUCUCUUCCUUUAUGCAAUUUUUUUUUUUACCAAAUUCUGGUUUGAUUUGUUGUAAGUGAUGGAGAAACUACCCUCCCCCCGAUAUGUAUUGCUUCUCUGUGUUCUGCUCAAUGAUAAUACUUCCUUAGCUGAAAACGUAUGCCAUGUGGGGCACGCUGCCUAACCGCUACAGUCCCCUGUAUAUAUGGUUGUCAGACAGCAUGUCACUAGUAACCAGUCUUUCUCAGAUUACCUAUGGCAUAGAAAAGUGUGGUCUCUGCAAAGGUUUGUAGUGCCAGAAGUAGGAUCUCUAUCUGAAGUGUCAGCAAAGCAAUAAAACUUCUGUACACACUGGUCCGAUGCAAUAAUCAAAGUUUAUUUUUCGAAUUUCACUUGGCCAUUUUAGUUUUUAAGGUUUCUGCCUUCCCAGGACCUUCUUCAGAAACAGUCUGUCCAUAGAAAUGCAAUACUUCAGCAUUCAAUGUAAAUAAAAUGUAAGGCGUAUUCCGGUUAAAGAAAGUUAUCCCCUAUACACAGGAUAGGGUAUAACCAUUAGAUCAGUGGUUCUACUGCUGGGAGAACAGGGGCCUGUACCACAUGGAGCCCCCCUGAAAUACACAGAGCGGCUUCUUGGAAGUGUCUGCCAUCUUUCCAUUUAUUUCUACAGGAACACCUGUAGACAGCCGAGCUUUGCACUCAGCUAUGUCCGGCGCUCCCAUAGCAAUGAAUGGACCAGUGGCGCACAUUUACGACCAGCCACUCCAUCCGUUUCAGGAAGGGAAGGGGGAUACUGGGCCUCCAUUCUUGUGAACGGUGGGGGUCCUAGCAGUAGGACCCCUCACUGAUCUAAUGGUUGUCCCCUAUACUGUGUAUAGUCAAUAACGUUCUCUAACCGGAAUAGUCCUUUAAUCUUCUGUUUCAAUCAUUCAUUCAUUCAUUCGUGGAUCAACGGGAAACCCAGAGUCAAGAUAUGGUCAAUUAAUAAUAGUUGCACUUGGAAUCACAGUCUGGUAUCUUGUGACAACAGGUCCUGUUCAGGGGAAGUGCCCACCAUCAAUGCUCCAAGGGCAAACUUAAAGCCCCUUUCUGGAUAGUAUGGAGUAAAGCUAUCAGAAGUUACACGUAGUCUUCAGAUAGCUGUAUCAGAUCGGUCCCCCUUAUUAAGUAGGAUGAGAGGCUGAUAUGCUUGUAUAGGUAAAGAACCAUGAAUAGGAUUCCCGCUGUAUGAUCCGGAUUACAUAUAGUGACCCUGAACGGGGAGCAGCAGAGCUCAGCAGUGUUCUCGCUCUUACAACCUUAUUAAUCAGAUUUUUGUCGACAUGCGUACAGUAUCCUAUGUAUAUGUUUUACCAUAGGACGCCAAGAAACUACAAGAAUAGAUUGUAUUGUCCAUAUACAUAUUUCUGAAGGUCACAUCUAUAUCUCGCGUCAUAUAUCUGCCUAGCAGGGUGUGUAUUAUUGCUGAGGAAACGUGUAUAUAUAUACAGUGCCAAACCGGCUUUCAAUAUCGAUGCACAGGUUAUGCCAAGAUAUGUUGUGAAACUUUGCACAUAUAUUAUGCAAUCAAAAUUCAGCUUCCUUCAAGUUAAAAAUCUGUCAGCGCUGUGCUAGUGACUGGAGUGAACAUUAUGGUGCAGAUUUACUAGUCCUAGAUGUGGCUUAUUAUCGGGAAUCAACAUGGUCCUUAUAAAGGUGCAGCCAAUCACCCUAAUGAGCAGGACAGGAGCAAAUCAUUCAUGUGACACCUAAAAUUGUCAGUUGUUGGCAGCACAUUGUCUUGUGUAUACUCGAAAAUACCCAAAGUGAAUGGGGACGAACAAUUGUAAUAACCUUCAUUUAUUCUCCUUAGACUUUGCAUCAAGCCUUGUGAAUGGCACUUUAAGCAAACUUCUAUUGGUAUCUGUUUAUUGCCACCGCCAUGUAAGAGGACCCUUAGACAGGCUAAAGAUGCACGCUGGAUGAGCAUGGAGCAUGGCUGGACAAAUCAGAACUGUUCACCAACUAUUGGUCGACUUGGGGAAAGAGAAAGAAGGAGGUGGUACCAGUGUCAAAUACAUUUGGCACAAACUGGUGGUAGUGUAGUCGGUAUAUCUGGCAAACCGAAAUUGUACUAUAGUCUCAUAUAUCUGGCACACAGAGGUUGUACCAUAGUCUGUUACAUCUGGCAGAAAGAGGUGGUUCCAUAGUCAAUUACAUCUGGCACAGAAGAGGUACCUUAGUCCUAUAAAUCUGGCAGAAACAUAUGGUACCAUAGUCCAUUACAUCUGGCACAGAAGUGGUAUAGUAGUCCUGUAUAUCUGGCACACAGGUGGUACCAUAAUCCCAUAUAUCUGGCACACAGAGGUGGUACUGUAAUCCCAUAUAUCUGGCACAAAGAGGUCAUACUGUAUUUUAUUCCCUUAUAUCCGGCAUAAAGAAGUUGUGCCAUAGUCCAUUACAUGUGGCAGAGAUGGUACCGUAGUCCCAUACAUCUGGCACUGGUAGUCAGCUGAUGAUUUGAUGACUCAAGGUGAACAGUUCUUACUGCUGUAAUUAUCCAGUCAGGUAGCUUCAGAUAACUGUCUGUGUCAAACACUCGUGCCAAUGUAGAGACGUAGCUGGUUCUCCACUGAAGCAUGCUAAGAAGAAUGCACAAGUAGUUUGGUGUGUGCCUUCAGUGAUGGUGCUACAUCAUGUGAAACUGUAAAAUGCUCCAAAAACAUCAUUCAUAUAGGAUGAGACUUUUCAGUAACAUUGAGUUAUUAUUUGAAGUGUUAAGAUACAUCUAAGGGAAGCAUUGGUUGGUGGUCAAUGAGAUGGGACGAUCACCGCUCCUAAGAGGCUGCAGUGUACAUACCAGUCUCAUUCAUCUCACUGGGAACAGAAAUUGGAAAUUAUGAAAACUCAUCAUCAAGUUAAAGGGUCUUGGCAUUCUUGCAAUCAGUGGUGUCUCGAGUCAUGGACCUCCUGAAAUACUAGUGUAGAAAACUAGGAAAUUAUGGCAGAAUUGGUUGACUGCACAGGUUGUCUUAGAAAAAAAAUAAUAAUUAAAGUUGCCUUUUUCAUGCACCUUCUUCACACAAUGAAGGCAGCCAUAAGAGUGACUGUAAAGUGAGCUUUGUAACUUGGCAACCCCCCCAACUACAACAGGACUGACAUCAACUACUUGAUAACAGAGAAACCAGGAUGACAAAGGGAAAAUUGUAUUGGUUAGCAAAUGGGAUUGGUCAGGGAUAUAGGGGGAUUCGAAUCCCAUUUGCAAUAGUGCACUUUUAACUCCUUUUCUUGCCAGGGAGUCUUUAUCCUUCAACAAUUUUGUUUUAAGGUGGAGGCUAUGAGGAUCUGGUCGGAGCCUCCCCAGGUUUUAUGGUUUUUCAAUAGACUUGAGAAGUAACACCCCAGAGGUAGACAGGUAUUUACACCUGUGGAAUAUCAACCAUGAGUUACCGGGUGUCACAUUUAGACUUUUUGUUGACUGGAAAUGUUAUAAAUUGCUUUCACACCCCUUGUACUAUAUUGUCUUACUUACAGAGCCAGAAUAAAAACUAACUAAAUCCACAA